AUGCAAGCUGGAUCAGUAUGGGCUAUUCUUGCUGUUAGCCAAAUUACAACAAAGACAAGUUUUAUACAGCGAAAUGCAGUAUCAAUAACGGUCUCAUUUAUCACUUUAACAUUUCCAAAUUUUUUCGAUCUCAUCAGUAAAAUGGAACGAUAUCAUCCACGAACUGCUCUUCGAUUACAAUUAGGAAGGGUUUUAUUCCUCUACAUAUUGAAUUAUUAUACACUUAUUAUUUCAUUGAUGUUCAUGUUGAAUACAAUGGAAAAUCAACGAAAUGUUGGUGAACAUCUUAUUCCGGUUCCGCAAUAUUCCGAUUAUCAUAAUAAUAAUAAGGGACCGGUUUACAACACUUCCUAUAAUCAAAUUAUUAAACAACGAAUUGGUCGUCAAGUGGUAUUCGAUUUUCCAUCUGUAGCAUCAUCACUUUUCAAUCGUAGUAAAUUUAAUGACAUUCCAACAACGCCAUCUUCUGGUAAACCAUGGACAACUGUUUUUCCAAAUUUUGGUCCACUUGGUAUUACAAAUCCAAAAGCUGUUGUAACCGAAAAUCGUCGUGGUCUAAUGAAUGCGAGUACAUUUGUCGCAUAUCCAAUUGGUAAUACUGAUUGGACAAGAAAUAUUUCUGCUAGACCGACAUUUUUAAAUUAUUCUACUACCGUACAAGCGGUUUUAUCAGCAGCCCGCUUAUCCACGGAUUGGUAUGAAGAAUGCUGGGAAAAUCUCAUUGGAGAGGAAAUAACAAAAUUGGUAACGACUGAUUUGGUGAUGACAAUUGCAUCCAUUUUGGUGAUUGAUUUUCUUCGAGCACUUUGGGUUCGAUAUACCAAUAUUUGGUGGUUUUGGAAUUUAGAAACAACUUUCCCAGAAUAUGGUGAAUUUAAAGUUGCGGAAAAUGUGCUACAUUUAGUGAAUAAUCAAGGGAUGAUAUGGUUGGGAUUAUUUUUUGUUCCUAUGUUACCAGCUAUUAAUAAUAUUAAAUUAAUUAUUCUAAUGUACAUUAGAGGUUGGGCUGUAAUGACCUGUAAUGUACCAGCUCGACAAAUAUUCCGUGCAUCCAGGUCAAGUAAUUUUUAUUUGAUGCUAUUAUUGCUUAUGUUAUUCCUUUGUACUCUUCCGGUAGGUUAUGUAAUCGCUUCGAAGAAACCAUCCAAAAUAUGUGGUCCAUUUGGAAGUCAGGAACGUUUCUACAGUGUAAUUGUACAAUUACUUGAUCGUAAUUUAACAAAAGGCCUUUUUGAUGCGAUCAGAUAUAUGAUAUCACCGGGUAUUGUUAUUCCAGUUUUAUUACUUCUCCUUUUAACUAUAUAUUUCCUUUUUGCUCUUGUACGUGGUUUACGUGAAGCAAAUACGGAUCUCACCAAGCAAUUAUUACACGAAAGGACGGAGGAAAAAAACGAAUUUUUGAAUUAGCUGGUGGUGGAAAGAAACGUGUAACAUCUAAUAAUCCAGAAAUUUCACAUCC